AUGGAUUCAUCUAAGCAGCUGAUAGGGGCCGCUUGGAUCCACCUCUUGAACUUGCUCUUCGCGCAGAGGCUGGAGCAACACUUCGAAAAAGCAGGUGGAGAUGAGUGUGAUUGGUAUUGGAUUAACAUAGUGGUUGACUGCACGCUUGGCGUUGCUGUCAGCUACGCACUACUGCAACUAUCAAUGAGGAUAAUUCAGGCCUCGGUCCCGGCGCAGGCACCAGAUUUCAAGCCCGGUGAAUACCGGGUCAACGGAGGAAUAGAUGCAGCGAAGUACGUCAAGCAGCUGGCUGUGUGGCUUCUGAUUGUGAGUGCGAUGAAGCUGAGCAUGGUCCUCUUCAUGGGCCUGUUUCACACACUUCUUCUAGCCCUUGCUCGCUUGAUACUUGCUCCGUUCGGCACUAGCCCCAAUCUGAAGCUUCUCGUGGCGAUGAUUGCUACACCCUUCUGCAUGAAUGCCCUGCAGUUCUGGGUGACGGAUAAUUUCAUCAAAAAACAAGGCGGUGCUGCUGAAGAAGAUGAUGACGACAUCGAGAUGGACGAGCGCGGUGGGCGCACCAAGAUUGACCACGGUGAUUUGUGA